AUGAGUACUUUUCUGACGAGUCGAGUUUUUAUGAAACCAAAAGGCUCCGAAGACGAAAAAUCCCGUCUAGAGUACCUUUCCCAGACCUACGACCCAGAACCCUACUGGGAAAACAUCCAUCCAAAGCUCUAUUCCACAAUCCAACACGACUCCCUCGCAGCCUCUAAACAACAACCCAUCCCAGAAACCAACCCCACAACCAACAAACCCAAAACACACCCCAACACCAAUAUCCAAUUCGAGCCUGAAACACCAACAUCCACGACCUUCCACAACGCCCGAAAACCCAACGAGACUGUUCAGGACUUCCUUACCCGGUUACCGCCUUCUGUGACGGCGUCGGCGGAUGUUGGGCCGUGGAUCUAUGUCGAUAAUCCCGGUGCAGGGCAGGAGGAGAAGGAUAUUGCGGGGUUGGUUGGUCGGGGGACGGAGAUGUUGAGGGCGUUUGAGGCGAAAAAGGUUACUAUUGAGGUGGAGAUGGAGGGGGCGUCUGCGCUGGCGAGGGGCCGGAAGUUGGUGCCGUUGCGGCGGGGGUUGGAGGGGGAGAUUUUCGCGUUGGCCAGGGAGACUGGGGUGGUUUCGGGGAAGUGGAUGUUGUUUCUUGGGGAGGAGGUUGUCGAUCGUGUUUGGGGGAUUGUUGUGGAGGAGACGGUCGAGGGGAGGUUGGGCGUUGCGGCGAAGGUGGCCACGCGUGAAGAGGGUGGGAAGGCGAGGUUGUUGGCUAUCUAUACAAAGGAUUUUGGGGAUGUGGAGGAUGUGCGGAGGAUUUUGGAGAGGUUGGUGGAGGUGGGAUUGGUCAAGAGGGAGGAGAGGCCCAUUUAUUAUAAGUGUGAUGCUUAUACUUAUCUGGAGAUUACGAGUGGGAAUUCGUAUGGCUUGAAGGCGAGUCUGUUUUCUAGUAGGGAGGUUCUGGAGAGAAAGGUUUGA